UAAAGACCGCUAGGUGGCACUGCUCACUGUUGCGCUCCACUUCCGCGUUCAAGAUGGCGACAGGAGUGACGAAAAAUUGGACUCUGCACCAAACUGAGUAACUUUUGCCCACUUUCUCGUCGAAAACAAGGUAUAAACUAAUAUCCAGGCGAUUAGCUAGAGAUGAGUGACUCAGAAGAAGAGCACCAAUGUGUCUUGGAGGACAAAACUGACGAGGUUGACCCCGAAUUCGAAGAAGAGGUGGCCGAGGUCGCUGCCGAAACUGCUCUGAGUAGUUCUGUGUUGCAUCAUGAUGUUCCGGUUCAACACGACGGCGAGACUGUUGACGUUGUUGACAGUGCCCAGGGCGCCACUUCAACAAGUAUAGAGGAAAAACAAGAGGCUCAGAAAACCACAAUUGCAACAGCAACAGAGACAGAAGUCCCUGUAGCCACAUGCUGGGUAUGUUUCGCCACGGUGGAGGACGAACCGAGUGCCAAAUGGCUGAGGCCGUGUCACUGCCGCGGGACCAGCAAGUGGGUUCACGAGGCGUGUCUGCAGCGCUGGAUCGAUGAGAAACAGAAGGGCAACAGCACGACGGUGGUCAGGUGUCCACAGUGUGAGGCAGAGUACAUCAUAGUAUUUCCCAGCUGCAACCCGAUAGUGAAGAUCCUGGAGGGCGUGGACAGCUGGCUGCUCUCCGUCAGUCCGUACUGCGCCGGGAUCGGCUUCUGCAUCUCCGUGUACUGGUGCUCCUGGACGUUCGGCUUCCUGACCGUGGUGCAGGUCAUGGGCCUACAGGAGGGCACGCAAGCCAUCGACCAGGCCGACCCGCUUGUGGCCAUGAUCAUGCUCCCCACCAUCCCCUACAUGCUCAUCCUCGCCAGGAUGAUCCCCUGGGACCAGUACCUCCUCCGGGUGUGGCGUCGGCACGGCAACAAGCUUCCCUUCGUCAAGCACGCCCCGGCGGCGUACGCCCGGGAGCCUGCGGAGGGAGGGGACGGGGCAGACGCCGUGAAGUCGGGACUGAGGCUGUUCCUCGGGGCGAUGGCCCUCCCCACCAUGGCCACCAUCUGCGGGAAGCUCUUCUUCCGCGGCGUGAGGCCGAACUGGCAGCGGGCGGUCCUCGGAGGGAUCUUCUACAUCGCGGUGAAAGGGGUGGUGAAGAUCUACUACAAGCAGGGGCAGUACGAGAGGCAGGCCAACAGGGUGAUACUGGACUUCCAUCCCAGGGAAGAAGAGGGAGAGGUUCCCCUGGUGCAAGGGUCGGAGGUCUGAGCAAGGAGGUUGCACUGGUACAAUAACCUGGUGUCCAGUCUAUCGUAGUUGGGGCAGGCUGUCUUCAUGGCUGUAAUAGUUUUCCCCCGCCCAUUACAACAGGCCGCUCGGUAAUAGUGUUACUAGUACGCUGAUAGAGUUUGGCAUGCCAAGAGUUAACUUGCCCAAUCAAACUCCUGCCAUGAAAAAUCUACCAGGGGAACCUAGCUGGAGCAGGGAAGAGCUUAAGAAGCUCCAAGGAAAACCUGCCCAACCACGAUAGACUUGAUACCAGGUUAGUGGUACAAAGGUCUGAGAAGGUUGCACUUUUACCAAGGGACUGAGGAAGUUGCACUGCUGGUACAAGGUUCUGAGGAGGUUGCACUAGUACAAGGGACUGAAGAGGUUGUUGCAUUGGUACAAGGGUCUGAGGUAUGAGGAAGGGUAUCGUAAUCUCCAAGCAGAUCUUACGGUGGCAACGCAGUAUUCAUUAGCCUUCAGUGGCCAAUGCACACUCCUCUUGCCAAUGGAUACUUCCUUUCCACCGUAUGAUC